AUAAAGAAAUAAUUGAUAUUUUUACUUAAGUAAAAAUUUAUAUCUAAAAUUUAUCUCUAAAAUAUUUUCAAAGAUUCAUUAUACAUAUAUUAAAUCAUAAUAUCGAUAGCAAUUAACAGCAAUUAAUUAUGGAAAUAUUAUGAUUCUAUUUUGAAUAUCUGAAAAUCAAAUUAAAAAUAAAUUUGUUAUUCAGAAAUUGUUUUAAGAACUUGAGUCAGAUUCUGACAUAAGCAAUAUAAAUUUUCAUAUAUAGAUCGAUUGUUGAAAAUAAAUUGGUGGGGAUUUAAAGAAACUAACUAAAUCGGGCGAGAAAAGCCGAAAAUUGCCGAUUCAUUACUCGAGUGGAUUCGGCUUCUGACCCGAAUAUUCGUUACUCUUCUUUGGAAAGUUGUGAACAUUGUGUCUAUUAGUGUUUUAUGUUUUCUUGCAAUCUUAUGUGAUUAAGUUCAUUCUAAGUGAUAUAUAAAAACAUAUUUUUGUAUUAUUCAUUCUAGUAUUAAAAAAUCAUUUGUAAAAGAAAAUAAUAAUGGCUAUAACAAAUGAUGCUGUGUAUCAAUCAAGAAUCAUUGCUCCAUCAUUCGUAUCGUCAAACAUGUAUUAUGGUUGUGUACAACAUUGUAAAAAAGAAACUCAACAUAACGUUAUGCUUGAACAUAUCGGAAUUUCAAAACCAUCAUUAAUCGAUUGUUGCUCUUACGAUACAUUUAUGGAAAUUGAUGAAGACGGAUGUGAUUAUUCUAUGACGUCUGAUUAUUUGAACAACGAUUCUAUAAUUUUAAAAGCAACAGUACAAAAUCAGUUAAAAACUAGUGACAAAUUACAAUCACAACAACAAACAACUUAUGAUGCGGAUAUGCUUCAACGCAGAAGUCGGAAGCGACACAACAGCGAUUUCAAUCCCACAAGUCAACUGAAAAAGUUACGAAGAGGCGGUGGUAAGGACCAUGUACAUGAAGAUACAACAAAGGACUAUGGCUCAACCAUUACAUCUUGUGAAUCAGAAGCGUUUGAAGUAAAUAUUAUUGAUAAUAAUGUGCAACAAUCUAUGAUUAAAAAUAAGAAUUGGGCAGUAGACAGUUAUAUUAAUUUAAAUAAUUCAAAUUGUGAAGAAUUGUUAUUCAAUGAUAGUCAUAAAUCACUUGAAAACAUUGUUGAAUAUGAAAAUAUGUUAUUUGAAACACAUGGAUGUUCGAUAUAUCAAUUUUAUCGUUUGCAAUUAGAUAAUAAUGAUUGCACAGAAUUUUAAAUAGAAUAUAGAUAAUUAUUUUUAAUGUUUAUAUUCUUUUUUAUUUGUAUCACAAAACAUACAUUCUUUAUGCACUUAUACAUGUCACUACAUUCUAGUAUAUGUAUAAUAAAAAAUAAAUAUUUAUAUAUAUGUGUAUA